AUGGAGUUGAGGCUAAACGGGGUGGUUGUGAAAGUGGAACCGGCGGAGGCGGCGAGCGAAGUGAGGGUAACCGCAGGCGCGAAGGAGCGAGCGGAGGAGUUGGAAGCGCAGGUGAAGAGGCAAGGCGAGGCCAUGGCAACUCUGAAGCGAGAGGUGGACGAAAUGAGGCGCGCGAUGGCGAAGGGGGCGCUGGAGAUGAUGGGAGCGGGGGAGAUGAUGGGAGCGGGGGAGAUGAUGGGAGCGGGGGAGAACCACGGCGCUGCCGGUGCCGCGGCAGGAGAGGCAGCAGAGGCAGGAAAGGCACAUGAGGAAGUGGACGGCCUUCGGGCGCAACCGUUGCCGAAGGGCGAGGCGCUUAUGGCCCUGGUGGAGGCCAUGAUCGCGGCGCGGGUGAAGGACGUGCGGGACGAGGUCGAGUCGCAAGUGAAGCGAUUGAAGGAGCAGGUGGAGGCGGCGAGACGCGAGGCGAGGGACGCGGCGAGGGAGGCGACGGCGUUGGUUACGCAGCAGGCGGCGGAGAUGGCGGACGUGAAGGGGACGGCGGCGCACAUUGACGCGCGGAUGAACGACGUGGAGCUGGCGGUGGCGGAGUGGAAGUCGCGCAGGGAGCGCAGCGACGGCAGCGCGGGGCAGCAUGCAGAGGCGGAGGAGCGCGAGGGGAAAAAGAGGAAGAGGGAGGUCGAAGGGGAUGAGCUGGCGGAAGUUGCUGCGGACGAUGAUGCAGCUUCUGAUGGUGAAAACCGGGAUGAAGCGGUCGACUCGAAAUGGGAGGUUGAAUGUCAGGAGGUGAGGAAAACGGUGGAGGCGGUGGAGAGCCGAGUGGCGAAGCUGGAGAAGAAGAGUGGCGAAGGAAAUCGGAUAUGGGAGGCAAUGCUCACGCUAUGGGUGGCAGCACUACCAGAGGAAAGUCGAAUCAACCUCAGCGGCAUCUCCUGCCUCUCAGACGCUACCCUCACUUGCGUCGCCUCAUUGCCCUACCUCACAUCCGUCAACCUCAAAGGCUCCUCCGGCUUCACUGCAGCAGGGAUGAGGAAGCUGUACUCGCUCAUACACCUGGACCAUCUGGUCUUUGGGGCCAUCGAUGCAACCGAUGCCGCUCUGGAAGGGAUUAGCCGCCUGGCGAGCCUGCAAGGCCUGGUGCUUGACCACACCAACGUGUCAGACGUGGGAGUGGCGAGGCUGCAAGAGCUGUCUGCCCUCACGAAACUGUGCAUGACUGGAUGUGCGUCUGUCACGUCUGCCAGCAUGGUGCAUGUGGGCAGAAUGACAGCACUGCAGGUGCUUGCUUUGAACGCUACUGGAAUCAAGGAGGAUGGGCUGCAGCAUCUGACUGCCCUCACGUCUCUCAAGGUCUUCACGUUGCCUUCGGGAGUGACUGACUCAGGCUUGAAGAUUCUGAGCAAUAUGAAACGCCUGGAGAAGCUGGGACUGUGGAAUGCUAGGGUCACUGCGUCAGGUGUGAAGUGGCUCAAAGGCCUUACAUGCCUCCGGAAGGUUGCAACUUACACGUACAAGGUCGAAGAAUUAAUAAGGGACAUUCUCCCUGGAGUUGUUACAGCACGUACACUUAACGACUGA